AUGGCUGCUGGACUUAAGACCAUCAUCGCGCUCUCCUUCGUUCUUGCGAUCGGAUUCCUCCUCGUUAUCCUCUCCUCCGCACUAUGGCACAAGUACUGGCCUUUGUUGGUCGUUGCCAUCUAUAUCAUUGCGCCGCUUCCCAAUUGGAUCUGUGCACGAUGUGCGAACCCAGACGACUUUAUGGACAGCUCAAGUAGCUCAGCGAUGGACUUCGGGCGCUUCAUGACUGGAUUCUUGGUUUUGACUGGUAUUGCCCUCCCCGCAGUUCUAGCUCACAGCGGAGCGAUCGAACUCCCGGCUAUGAUCAUGUCUAUCUUUGGCGGUCUUUUGAUUUAUGGAACUAUUAUCAGCUUUUCCAUGUUCUUCCAAGAACAGGAGGAGUUCUAG